AUGACGCGGAGCCGAUUCUCAGAGGGAGACCCUCCCCACGGGGCCCCGGGGACUGCCCUGUCCAACACCGGAGGACUUCGGGUGUCCUCCCCACUGUUUGGGCGCCCGCCGCCCCCGCGGAUCCCCGAUCCGAGCGGCGCCGAGUCGCUGAGGGACGUGGCGGCUGGCGGACAGGGGGAGCCGGAGAGGGGUUCGUCCCCCGGGCCUGGGCCGUGGAGUAGCUGGCAGCCACGGGCGGAGUUGGAGAGCGACCUGCCGGGCCAGGAGGAGGCGCCCGGGGGUGAGGGCGGCGAGGGGAAGCGGCUGACCGCCCCGGCAGGGCCGCAGGGACGAAGGCAGGGCGUGGGCACAGGUGACACCGUCUCGGGGGGAGCCGAGACCGUGCGGGCUGGGGGGGCCGCGGGCCCGCCCCGGGCAGAAAGAGCACUUCGAGAGGGCGAGGCGGGAGACGAGAAAGGGCUGCCAAAUCCUCAAGAUGACAAGAGAUGGUGCUGCCCAGCUCACGCCUGGGCCUUGGACCCCGGACUUCUUCAAGUCCCUCUAGCUCUGACUCAAGAAUAUGCUGCACAUCGAACCACCACACCACCCCACUCAGGAAUCGGCUCCAGAAGGUUUCGCCGACGGACCGAGAUCGCGCCCAGCACCACCGGAAGGGAGCCGCUCCCGCGGCAGCACCCGCCCCGCCGCCGCCGCCCCCGCAGACGCUGGAGACCACCGCCAGCACGCCCCCAUCACCACCGCCCUCCCUCCCCCCCUCCUCCUUUUCCGACUUUUCUCUCGUCUUCUCUCGUUUCUUCCUUUUCUCUUCUGUCCUUUGCUCAGCGGGCUCGAGCCCCCGGGGCUCCGUUCCCCCUGCCCCCCAACUCAAUUUGCACUAUAAGUCGUUUGCACUGGUUGGGGCCCCGGACACGGCCUUGCACCCCUGAGCGUGUGCGUGACACGACUGCCGAGCGUGCCCGGCCCCUGCGGCCGGGGCCGCCCCCGCGAGCCCCCGCCACCCAUCCUCGGGGGCGACCGGGGGCGGUCGAGUGUGUGGGGCCCUGCCCGCCCCCCGCCUGGUCUGGGAGCUCCGAACACCGGGAGCACCUCCAGCAUUGUGCUGGCCAUCUUGCGUGUGUCCCUCCUCACCGGGGCUUCACCAGAGGCCCUGGACUCAUCAAUAAAUUCCGUUACAGCACUCCGGGUCUCCGCUCGUUCUUGGGGGGCUCCUCGGACACGGGGACGGGGUGGGGGACAUGA